CUUGGCUAUAGGUAGAUUGAGUACUGCCUAAUCAAAAUUUUAUAAUUAUACAAACCCUUUGCAGUGUUCUGUGUUAAACCUUUGAUUAAAUACUCAGGUAAGUCAACAGGCUUGCGUUCCUGUACACUGCUUUUGCUAUCCUUGAUAUUCUCAAAUGAAUCAUUAUUUGAGACACCGUCAAGGUUUUCACAGUGUUCAUGAUGGAUGACAAAUUCCUGCUCAGACUUCGCUGACUGUUUUGAUGAUUCAGUAUUACCAGUAUUUCUCUUGUGUACAGUGUUAUGAGUUGUUGUAUAAGUUGACGUAAAGUUUGUAGGUGUUUCUGGGCAGCUGCUUCCAUGGUCAGUGCUGAUUAAUUCAUUUGUUAUCGAAUUACACGGUUCAUUAACUUCACUAUUUUCUGAAUUGUUUUCAGAUUUUACCGAAUUACUAUUGGUAUUACUAAUAUCUGAAGAGUUAUGCACAGAAUUUGGCACAUUUUGUUCAUCAGUAUUUUCUAAUUCUGCAUUUUCAGAAUCUGUACUGCAGUUUGUGUCUUUUUUGUUUUUCUCAAACUUAUUCAAAUGUUCUUCUUGUGUUUGUGAUGUUUUAUUUAUAUCCUCCAUGGAUGGUCAAAUGCUGCAGGAUCAAUAUUUUAUAUAUGUCUAGUCCAGUGAAGUCCACUCCUGGUCAAAGAUAACGUUCAAAAUUUGAUGCUUCCAAGCUGUGGUUGACCAAAAUCUUUAUGUAUUGUGCGUAUUCACAACAAAAGUAUCUCGUAGUAUUGUUUUGUUGUACUUUUAGUGGCUAGUUGAAAUAUAAUUGAAUGGAAAACCACAAAUAUUUAAAAACAACAGUCCACCAUGUUUGUUUUGGAAAACGUUUGCAGUUUUGCUGUCAAACAAUUGGCGCGUGCUGAUUGGUUGAUUCCAGCUAAUUAGUCACCAGCUUUUCUUUUCGCGCGAACUCGGGUUGCCAUAGUGAUUGACAUCAACUACCAAUAUGGCCGCUAUAAUUUUGCAAUUAUUUUAAGUUUUGAAUACAUUUUGUAAGAAUUUGGCGUGUUGUAGAGGCGGAAAAUGUCUAAGACACAAGCAGAGAGUGUUAUAAAGAAUAUUAUUCGUGAAAUUGCACAGGAGUGUGCUGCAAGAGGUCAAGCAGUGUCAGAAACAUUGGUUGCUUUUAUGGUAUGAGUGCAGCUAGGUGCAGCAACAGAUAUAAACAGUUUAUUAUAUUAAAUUAGACAAUAAUACAUUGAAACUCCGCCUUAUGACCAACUUGUUAAUAUGGUGACCUCGUUAAUACAGUAGCUUAUUUUUGUCCCGGAAAAAGAAAAAAAUAUAAAGAUACCCCAUUUUAUUUACAGGUCCAAGGUCUUUGCCAAGAAUGGACCUCAGAAUUAGAAUCUCCAUGCUCAAAAUAGUUUAUAUUGAGAAUUUCAUGAUGUUUAGACAUUCAGCGUGCAUGUUACAGCAUUUUGAAAAUUUUGUUUUCACUAAUUAUGGAAUUUCCCCUGCAGUGAAAAAUAUCAUGAAAUUUUUGGUGUAGAUAUUUGAGCAUGAUGAUUUCAAUUUUGGGCUCUAGGAAAGCAGGAAAGCUAAAAACAAGCUAAAAAGCUGCAAAUUGAGAGAACUACCUAAAAAAUACAAGUGAAACUUUGACGUUUGGAGCAAAUGCCCUUUGUCGGGAAGUUAUUAUAAAAUUACCAUAAAGUGCACCCGAGGCGACGUUGCUCAACUCUGCAUGUUUUGAUAGUAUGCAAUAACUUGCCAGUUGUAUAGUUUUUUCCAUGUUCAAACACGUUCAAACCCCCACUACAAAAUUACUGUAAUUUCCAGGUAAAGGCAGUUGUCUUGGAUCCCAGUAAUGGCUUUAAUGUUGAUAGAACAUUAACCAAAGAUGAUGUUGAAAAACUCAUUAAGGUAUGUAAUGGGCCUCGUCUGCCAGAAGCAAAAUGCAAGUAACUUGCUACUUAUUUGUAUUAAAAUGUAGUCAUUUCACUUUAGCUCUGUGUUUCAAGACUGUUGGACCACCAGUCAGCUUCCCUUGCUACUGUAAAGAUGCAAGUUUACUUUGAUAUGAACUACACCAGCAGAGGUACAGUAAGUGCCACAUGUAUCAGGAAUGGGAAGGGUUGCUGGUCACAUGCUGGUAAUGCAGACAACAACAUUCUGAGGAAACAACACCUUUUACUGUAGUAUUAGUCAGCCACCUGUAUUAAGCAUAAAUUAUCUUAAUAAUAAAUUUUAUAUUUUCUCAGCUGAUUUUCUGGAAGAACAUCGGAGAGUGCUUGAAUCAAGAUUAAGUCCAGUUGUAAGAGAAAUAACUGACAGUAGAGCAAGAAAUAGAGAUGAUCUUGAAGGUAUUCUGCAUGUUCAGAAUCUACAUUUUGUGGUUGGCAAAUGAAUUUUCUAAAAUAAAGAAGUCUGGCGUUACUGCUGUAGUGUGUGUCUAAAUUAUCUAAAAAUUAAAUAUUACAAACAUUUUCUUGAAGUUUAAACAGCUAGAUUCUAAUUCUACUAACCACCUGACGAAAAGCCUUCAAAUUAACUUAUAUGGCUACUAAUUAACCAGGGUAUUUUUCAGGGCUUUUUUAGGGCAGAUAAAUGGCCCCAGAAACUCAUUCUUGAGUUGAGUUAUGAUACUCAGUCAUUUCAUCAAAAGUUUCAGUGCAGUAAAAAUGAAGUUUCAGUUAGAACCCCCCAGGGGGGAGCCUCCCCAGACUCCCCAGCUGUUUAAGUGAACUCUGUCUUCUCUGCAGCAAUUAAGGCCCCAGCAAAAAGUCAUGGAAAAGAACCUGCUAACAGGUGUAAUACUAUUUCUUGUAAUAUCUAGGUUUGUAUCGAAAGAUUGUUUCUUGUGUGUUGUUAAGAUCUGGCCUUGGUUCUCCAACAGAUAUAGCAGUUGUGCGUGAAGCAACAGGUAUAUAUGUCUUUCUGUUUAUUUCCCUCGUACCUCCCACGUCAGAAUGAAAGUUAAGAGGGAUGUGCUAAUUCCAGUCCAUGUUAAAUAAUAAUAAGGAUAGCUGGCCCACUGUAUGCACAACAUUUCAGUAUAAAACAAUGAGUGAAUCCAACUAUAGACUAAUAGACUAAAUUUUGAUCAAGGCAACAAGAACGAAAUCCAACACCACAGCUAGAAAGAGCGUCUUAGAAUGAGUAAAACUGCAAAGAUUGGUUGCGAAAUGUUGAAAAUGAAGAAAAGUAGCCCUGUGAAGUUCGCAAAUUUUAUAUAUGUUUGUAUUACGCGCGGUAAAAAUAACCACUUUCGGCUCAAAAAUAGUUAUUUUUCCCGCGCGUAAUGCAAAUAUAUACAAAAUUUGCGAUCUUCACAGGGCUAUAUUUUCCUCACUUUACAACAAUUUGCAACCAAACUUUGUAAUUUUACUCAUUUUAAGAUGCUCUUUCCAGCUAUGGUAAUGGAUUUCAUUCUUCUUGCCUAGAUCAAAAUUUUGUUUAUAGCUGCAAUCAUCCAUUUAGCCAUAGUUUUACCGGUAUUUACCCUAGUACUUAGGAAAGGAAGAAGGUUUGUUUAUAUGGUUUAUGGAAAUAUGGUUUAUUUAUUUAUUAAACUUUGGCCAUUAACACGAAUAUAACCAAGGAAAAUACAAACAGGAAAAUGGCUCGGUGACCUGUUGCAGAACAAAUACAUUAAGAACAAAACACAUUGAGUAAACAUGAAACAAGAUUGGAACAUGGUCCAUCUUAAGGCUCCCCUUUUAUAGCUCCGGUGAUGCCAACCAGAGCAAUAAGUGCAAAUUUAACUAGUUUAUGCUAAAAAUCUUUAUGUUAAUGCCGGUGUCACAGGAGAUUCGCCCCCCCAGGAGAUUCGCCCCCCCCUCUCAAAAGGGGGGCGAUAUUCCUAGGAGAUUCGCCCCGGGGGGGCGAAUCUCCUAGGAAUAUCGCCCUCCUUUGGGAAUUUCGCCCCCCAUAUAAAUUUUGAAUUUUUGAUCUAAAAACAAAACGAUUGCAAGUUGAAAAGAUUUAUUGUGUGAUUUAUUUAUUUAUUACAAGGAGACAAAAUUACAUACACAUUUUAGGCUUCUUAGCAGCUGGUGGUGUGCACAGUCUGCAUAACCACUCAUUUGAGGUACUUAGACUAGUGUCAUAUUCUACACAUCUAAAGUGGAACCAUCACAGAGAUCGCAUAAAAUCAUGUCGUAUUCUUCUGGCAGUUUACAUUCACAUAACAUAUUAUAAAAACAAUCGCUUGCAAAUUUUAUCAAUACGAGUGUUAACAAUAGCCGCCACAGUAAUCACUUGCUAACAAUAAACUAUAGGAUUAGUAAAAAAUCUAUGGAAUGUGUUGGGAAGCGUAUUGAUUAUUGUCCGUUGAAUCGUCAACUUUCCCUGUCAGUGAUGUAAUCUUGAUUCUUCACUUCCGCAAAGAAAAUUGCAUUAUAUAUGUGGUGUGGUUUAUUCAAAUAAUUUCAUGAUACUUUGAUUUUAUUAGUGCAUGCCUUAAACAUUUGAGAAUUAACUCUGCAAAACUAAAAGCUUUCUUGUCUUUUUUGAAACGUAUAUUAUUGGAUUAUUGCCUAUUGACAAGUUCUACCCUUCGCUUCUGAGAUUUACAAACUAUAUUGAAAUAAUGCAAGUAAAAAAUAGUGACAAACCAUACAUUUUCCGAUAACGACAAAACGUGGAUGCAAAACAAUACCAAUAAUUACAAUAACCACCACGGUGAUUACUUUUAACAAUGAGUUUAAGGAUUAACACUGAAAAUGCAAAAUAUGCAUGGUGUGCUGUGAAGCGUCAUAAGUCCUAUUGAGUAUUGAUCUACUGUAACUGUGUAAGCCCUUUCGAUACAUGUAAUUGUAAAUUUGUAUUCUUACAUACAGGGCUUGAAAUAACGUUCCCAAAGUUCCCGAUCAUGGUGAUCGGCAGUCGUGACUUUCCCUGCUUUUUUCAAGUUGGAAACCGAAACCCUGCUUUUCCGCCGAUCAUAAGCAAUUCCUUGCCGAUCAUUGAUCGGUGAUCGGUUGUUAUUUCAAGCUCUGUCUUAACAAUUUUGAAUUGAUACUGAUUUCAAAUGAUUAAAGCCAUGUAAUAAUUAUCCCAUGCAACUCAACUGUUAGGAAGGGCGAAAUUUUGAACGGAGGAUGAAAAUCCUAAAGAAAAGGUGAAGUUUCUAAAGGGGGGCGAAUUUCUUAAAAGGGGGCGAAAUUCCUAGGAUUUUCACCCCCCUGGGUGGGCGAUAUUCCUAGGAAUUUCGCCCCCCGGGGGGCGAAAAUGUAGGGGGGGGGGGAAAAUCCUGGGACACCGGUUCCGGCCGGAACUAAUAAAAAUAGCAUGGCCGGAACCGAAACUCUGUCGUUUUUAGCGAGAUUGUCGUUUUUAGAAUAUCAAGUUUAUUUAUUGAAUAAUGUCCAAUAUUUAUUGGACUACACAAGGAAAAUGUACACUAUUAACACUUCAUUAUGACGUUUAACGUUUGUCAAUCUUUUUCUAACAAUUGCGAGCUCUGUCCUUGAUGACUUGAAGUGUCUGCCUGUCUGGCAGCAGACAAAGUAACAUAUGACUAUAUAUGGCUUAAUAAAUUGGUUCCGGCCGGAACCUUUUUCCAGUUCCGGCCGGAACUUUAAAAAUUGGUUCCGGUGCAACCCUAUCUAAAACAGUGUUAUCCAUGGAGUAAGAAGUAUGGUAUGUCGUGUGGCCUAAUGAGUUAACAUUUACAAAUUUUAUCUCGUAGGCCCUUCUUCAAAAUCCUGAUAUUUUGAAGGAAGUUGAUAAUCCUCAUUGUUCUGGUGAUGGUGUUUCUUUGUGA